GUGGGGCUUGGAUAAACCACUUGCUCCUCAGCAGGUGCCUCCUUAAAGUUUGCAGAGGUAGUUUGUGAAUCACAGCCGUUGCCUCUAACAGUGAAGUGACAAUCUAUCUCUGAUUUGUAUGCAGCUGGGGGCAGGAUGGGCUCAUACUGGAGUGCUUGUGAGAGAGAUGAAUGUCCCUGCUGUUCAUUCUUUGUGAAAAUCAUAAGAAUGAAAAAUCUGAGAAAGGCAGAUCUGUUUAGCCAAACUGAUUGCUAUGUAAGCCUGUCCUUGCCCACUGCUUCCCCCGAGACUGUCCGGACCAAAACCAUUAAAAACUGCAAAGACCCAGUGUGGAAUGAAACAUUUUGCUUCAGGAUCCAGAGCCAAGUAAAGAAUAUUCUUGAGAUGAAAGUCUAUGAUGAAAAUGCUGUCACUCAAGAUGACCUCCUCUUCACUGUUCUCUUUGAUGUUGCUAAAGUCCAGCUUGGAGAAACUGUUCACUUGACAUUUCAGCUAAAUCCAAAGACACAGGAGAUACUAGAGGUUGAGUUUACAUCGGAGAGCAUUCCAGUCCCUCCUGAAAAGCUUGUGACUAAUGGUGUAUUAGUGUCUCGUGAAAUUUCCUGCUUGGAAGUUCUAGUGGACAACAGAUGGACAAAGAAAGAGCCUUCAGAAAAAGACUUCUUGUUUUCAGUGAAGGGAUCAUAUGAGAAGAGCCAGACCCUGUCACUGGGCUCUUUCUGGCAACCUCUGAAGCCCCUGAACUUCCAUUAUAUCAAGUACAGCCUGUCAGAGCUGUGCAUGGCUCUAGCAGACAAGAAGCCUCAUUUCUGCUCGUGUACUUCAGGUGAAGACAAAAAAGACUGCCAUGCAUCCCUCACUAUUCCUCUGGAUUCACUUCCAUUCAGUGAGAAAGUGGCAGUAGCAAAGGAUGAGACCGUCAAUUUACAUGUGAAGUCAAAUGACUGGUCCAGAAACUUAGAUGUUCGCUUGGAGUUUGAUCUAUGUAUGGAGGAGAAAAAUUUCCUACAGAAAAGGAAGAAGUUUGUGGCAUCUGCUCUGAAAAAAGCACUACAUUUAGAACAAGACCUACAAGAUCAUGAGGUACCAGUUGUAGCAGUGAUGACAACAGGAGGUGGCACCCGGGCUCUGACAUCUCUGUUAGGCAACCUGUUGGGUCUUCAAAAGCUGGGUCUCUUGGAUGCCAUUUCAUACAUCACUGGGUCAUCUGGUUCAACAUGGACUUUGUCACAUUUGUAUCAGAGUGCUGACUGGUCACACAAGGAUCUAUCAAUACCGAUCGGUGAAGUUCGCAGACAUAUGACCAAGUGCAAGCUAAGCUGCUUUUCCCUGGAGAACUUGAAAUACUAUGCAAAGGAGCUAAAACUGAGGAAGCAAGAGGGAUACCAGAUCUCUAGUGUUGAUUUUUGGAGCCUUUUGCUGGAAAAAGCCUUAGAUGAUGGGAAAAAUAACCACAGGCUCUCAGAUGAGCAAGAGGCAUUGAGUCAGGGUCAAAAUCCCCUACCUAUCUACAUGAUCCUCAACAUCAAAGAAGAUUACAGCCUUUCAGAGUUCAAAGAAUGGGUGGAGUUCACCCCUUAUGAGGUUGGGUUCUUGAAAUAUGGUGCCUUCAUUCGUGCAGAGGAUUUUGGCAGUGAGUUCUUCAUGGGUCGCCUGAUGAAGAAGCUUCCUGAGUCCCGAAUCUGCUUCAUGAAAGGCCUAUGGAGCAAUGUUUUCUCCUACAACCUCUUGGAUGCCUGGCAUUCGUCGGAUCCCACACAAAGACGCUCACUGAGGUGUACCCAACACAGCACUGUUGAUAUUGGAGAAGAGUCUUCUUCAUCAGACAGGAGACAUGAGUUGGAGACUUACUUGGUCACCCCUGAAUGUGGCAUCAUGGGCAUCCUUCGGCAGAUCCUGACAGAGCGGGUGAUGGUUUCCAAGUUCUACAACUUCCUGAAGGGGUUCCAGCUGCACAAUGAAUAUCUUCAGAGCAAAAAUUUCUGUAUAUGGAAAGAUACCAUACUAGAGCAUUUUCCCAACCAGCUGACAGAAACAGCAGAGUUCAUGUGCCUGGCAGACACAGCGGGAUACAUCGACAUUAGCUAUCCACCACUCAUGAGGCCAGAAAGGAAAGUGGAUGUUGUGCUGCACUUAAACUAUUCUUCUGGAUCACAGACCUCGCCUUUGGAAGAAGCCUCCAAAUACUUUCAAAAGCAGGGAAUCCCAUUUCCCAAAAUCCACAUGAGUGAAGAGGAGAAGAAAAAUCUAAAGGAGUGCUACCUCUUUGAAGACAGAGAGACCCCAGAGGCACCGACUGUGGUGUUUUUCCCACUGGUGAAUGACUCCUUCAGAAAAUACAAAGAGCCUGGUGUGGAGCGCAGCCCUGCUGAGAUGGCACAGGGCAAUGUGGAUGUUUCCACCAUUUUUUCCCCCUACUGCUUAAACAGUUUUACCUACACAGAAGAGGAGUUUGACAAGCUGAUAGAACUGACCAGCUACAACAUUCAGAACAACCAACAUCUGAUCCUUCAGGCUUUGAAUUCAGCCAUAGAGCAGAAAAGACAGCACAAAAAAUAAACACUCACCUGAGUUUCAGAAAGA